AUGGAGGAUGCUGGUGAACACCAGCCAUGGAGGAUGCUGGUGAACACCAGCCAUGGAGGACGCUGGCAGCGGAGUAAGUACCUUGUGGAUGUUGGCGGCAGAACAGGAACCUUGGGGAUGCUGGAGAUGUGUACCUGCCGGCGGCAGCGCAAGAACCAGGAGGCUGAUGGGACCCACGACGAGACUCCGGAGGCUGACAGGACACGCAACAAAACCCUGGAGGUCAGCCGAGAGACCAAAGGGACUCACCAAAAAGCCCUGGAGGUCAUACCAGAGACCAGCGGGACUUGCUAUGAAGCCCUGGAGGCAGGCCAGGAAACCAACAGGACCCACAACAAAGCCCUGGAGGUCAGCCGGGAGACCAACAGGACUCACCACGAAGCCCUGGAGGUUAGACCAGAGACCAGCGGAACUCGACACGAAGACCUGGACAUCAGACCAGAAACAGGACUUGCUAUGAAGCCCUGGAGGCAGGCUGGGAAACUGCCAGGACCCACAACAAAGCCUUGGAGGUCAGCCGGGAGACCCAUAGGUCUUGGCACGAAGCCCUGGAGGUCACUGGGAGACCAACGGGACUCACCACAAAACCCUGGAGGUCGGCCUGGAGACCUCCAGUGCUUCGUUGCAGGUCCUGUCGGUUUCCCGGCCUGCCUCCAGGGCUUCAUAGCAAGUCCCGCUGGUCUCUGGUCUGACGUCCAUGGCUUUGUGUCGAGUCCUGUUGGACUCCCGGCCAACCUCAAGGGCUUCGUGGUGAGUCCCGUUGGUCUCCUGGCUGACCUCCAGUGCUUGUUACGGCAUGUCCUGCUGGUCGGCCAAGAGACCAGUGGGACUUGCUACGAAGCCCUGGAGCCCAGCUCGGAGACCAACGGGAUUCGCCACGAAGCCUUGGAGGUCGGCGAGGAGACUGACAAGACUAGCUACAAAGCCCUGGAGGCAGGCCAGGAAACCAAGAGGACCCACAACAAAGCCCUGGAGGCAGGCCAGGAAACCAACAGGACCCACAACAAAGCCCUGGAG